AUCAUUUAUCAUACUACACCAAUUAACCUGUUUUAGUCAAAAUACAUGAUGAAAAAGGCUGAUAGUGACACUCAGAAUGAAAAUAUCAAAUUCUCAGUUUCGAGAGUUCAUCCUACUUCUGCUAGAAAGCAACAUGGCUGCUGAGAUGUUCUGAUGGACUUAGAACAGUUGAAAAGUUUGCUAAAACUCUUAUAACAGCGUUUCAAAGUGACAAUCUAUUCUGUUAAGCAGGUUUAUGAGUAUCCCUGGAUACUGAACAGCAUUUUGUCUAUGCCAUAUGUGUUUUGACUGAAAAUUCAACAGCUCUGGACUAAACAUCUGAAACAUGUCUGACCACGAGGACAGCGGUGAGGUGGACCUCGACACGACUCCUACGGCUGAGGAUGUGGAUGUUAAGAAGUGUGAUAUGGAGGUGACGCCUAGUAUGGAGGUGACGCCUUGUGACUCUGAGGUGACUCCUAGUGAUACCGAGGCUGUGCCUCCUAGUGAUCCGGAUUUGACCCCAAGUGACGAGACUGAUGGAGUAAAUGAGCCAAAUGGAGAGGUUGACCCAAAGAUAGAGGAGGAAGCUGACUUGACCAUACCUGAGGAGGAUUCAGAUAAAAUAUUAGAUGAGGAAAAUGAGAAUGAGGAUAAUGCUAGUUUAGAAGUGAAUAUAACUGAUGGUAGUUCUAGGCGUGCAAGUGAUGUUAGUUCAUUAUCUUUUCAACAUACUGUCCUUGAUGAUCCUGAGGGGAAUGAGGAGGAAGGAGAGUUUGAAAGGUCUCGCAAAGACAGUGAGGAAAGCACUGAUUCCUUGCAGAAUGAGUUUCUAAAUGAGGGGCAUAAUUAUCUAGGUUUUGAUGAAGAGUUUGAAAUUGCCCGUCUGAGGCCCCCUGAUGAGGGUGACCUUAAUAUUGCUGUGUUUAAGGAUGAAACAAUGAAAAUAGAGCAUGACAACACCGACUGUGAUUCAAAAAGUGAUUCACCUUCGGAUUAUGAGCUCAUUCGCGAAGGUGACAAUUUGGAGUGUAAUCUGGAGACGUAUAGUGUUGAGAAGAAGAGUGUGAAAUCCAACCAGAGUGUGGAGUCAGAUAUUGACGUAUUGAGUGGAAAAGAGGCCACUUCAGGUCAGGUGUGCAUUGAGCAUGCUCCAACUGAUAUGGAGGCUCUGACUGAAAUGGAGGCUGAUGAUGAAAAUAGUCAUGGUCAUACUGUAGCAGAUAUUAGUGAGAAUAUGGAUGGUAUUCAUCGCAAUCGCAACAGCUUGGAAAUAAGGAAUAACAUACCUAAUGUGAAAGAGGUGAAACACUACGGGGAGAGUAGUGCGGAAAAUGCACGUUAUUUCACUCAGGGCAAUUUGCCAAGGAUACGGAAGAAAUCGCCUGGAUUAGCUCAUAGAUUGGAAGAAGGUCUAUCACCUGACGGAAGCAGGGAGCCGUCAGUGUGUUCUGACACUAGCCGAGAUUACAGUGAUAGUGGUAUGCAAAGAGUGUACACUGGCCACCGUGGCAGCCACAAUGAAAACAACACUAUUGAAAAGGAGACCAAUUAUCCUGUCGAUAGUGUUCGAGCAAAUGGUCUGAAUGCAUGCAGUCCUGCUGAAUUACACAGUAAUUAUUCUGAGAGCACUGGUUCGGUCCAUGAUGGUCAUGAGGGAAGCACUGGUAGUCUGGGUCACGAUCCUCACAGGAAAAGCCUAGAUGUUGAAAAUGAGUAUGAUUACAUUAAGUUUGCUCGAAUCCACCAAGGUGAUGCUUAUGUCGGUAUGCGUUUAGCUUAUUCCAGUUCUAAUGACUCUUUGAACUGUAAGCGGCAUAGCUGGAGUGGUGUCAAAAGUGAUGACGGUUCUGUCGGCGAUAGCUCGAGAGAGAAUUCACCACAGAAAAUCAUCCGGAAGAAUUCGGAGAACGGUUCGCUUCGCCCCAUGGAUUGUGACGCAGCGCUUAACCUAAAUGAUGAUAAUCUGACCGAAAUUCCUCUAAAUGGUGAUUUAAAUACUAGCAUGGAGGAUAGAAAAAUUACACUUUCGCCAGAGACGACUGAAUGUGAUAGCGCAGAAGUUGAGAGUGUUAUUUCCGAGGGGAAGGAUUCAUUAGGAAUGCCGAAUGUGGAGGACGGCUUGUCCAGUUCUCAAUGCAGUGAUUCGGAGGACGGCCCUCAUGAACGUGACCUCCCGACUCCGGCCGAUAUACUACGACAGCGCCAAAAAGCUGAAAUCGAGGCAGGUUUGACUAUAAACCCCGUACGUGCUCAUGGCAUCGCAAAUAUAAAUGAAAUGAUCGAGGAUAGGUUGACAUCGCUCCCAUCUCACAUGCAUCACCACCAUGGGUCAUCGCAGUUGACCGAUGAAUUUAGUCGGGACGCUUUGGAUUUAACCAUGCAGGAUAUCAAACUAGCUAUUCAAAAGAGUAAGAGCAUGACGCUGAAGUCGCCAUAUAAGGACGGCGUGGAGGCACGACCAGAACCAGUUGCAGAGGAACCAGUCUGGGUUAUGAGUUCCCCUGUCAAGGAAAAUCGAUCAUGUAUCGUACACAGCCCACCUCAUGAUGACGACGAAAAUGACGAGAAUUGGAGAGAUGUGCAUACAGAGAAGUUGCAGCGUCAGGAAGAGAUGCGACGCGUCCGUGAUCAUAUUGAGAGGCAACAGGAGGAGGAAUACAGGAGGAAAGAACAGGAACAAGUGCAUGAUAUUGAAGAUGACGGGGAGAAUUUGCUGUCUCAUCAUUACACCAGGAAUGAUGGCAAGAAGUACCAGCCGGCAAGAGGUUUUGACUCGGACGACGAGUACGAAGUGGAAGAUGGCCGGAAACCGAAUAGCAGUCGGCAUAUCCGUGGCAAACGUUACGCAUCGGUGCCCGUGGGCGACCCGGAUAUAGAUAGUAGUAGUUUAAGUCAUAACCAUGGACCUAGUCAUACACAGAGACCUAACCCUGGCUCUCAAGGAUCAUACAUGAGUCCUGCAUCAACUCAAACUCUAUCGAGUUCACACUCAGACUUAAGUACGGCCUCAAAUAGCAGUAGUUCGUACCAACAGGACAAUAGGCAUAGACUGAAUAAACCUUAUGGGUCCAUGCCGCGGUUGAAUCGAGAAAAUCCAUUUAACCAUGGUUUCCAUGAUGCAUCUUGUCCAAAUCAUGACAGUGAUCCACCGGCGAAUGCGUACGUGAAACAUCACCAAGAUGGAGGUAUAACACAAGACUCUGUUUCUGUGUGCACUGUCUCCAAAUCUGCACCUAGCUCCCCCAACGAUGUCGCUAGUUCACCGCCUCAACAUCAUCAACUACGGGCACAACAAGAUUUUGACACGGAUGAAGAAACAGACCAGUUACUGGACAAAGAAUAUAAAGGGGAAGAAAAACUCGACAUCCCAGAGUUGAGCCGGCCACCAGUUAACAGAAGUGCUCAGGCCGAGAAACGUCGCACACGUGCGAAAGAAGGUGAGCAGGAAUCAUUGGCCAUCUCGGACCCUGAUGAACCUACAGUCCUAAUAGAGGGUGUCCUGUUCCGUGCGCGGUACCUCGGCUCUACGCAGCUCAUCUCAGAAGGCCAGCCAUCGAAGGCGAUGAGGAUGAUGCAAGCUCAAGAAGCUGUUGGAAGGAUUAAGACCUUGGGCACUUUACAUUUUGGCAGACAAUACCAGGCUCCUGAAGGUGAAUCCCAGCCCAGCACUGAAGUUGACUUGUUUGUGUCCACAGAGAAAAUAAUGGUGCUAAAUACAGACCUUCAGGAAAUCAUGAUGGACCAUUCAUUGCGUACAAUAUCGUACAUAGCUGACAUCGGUGAUAUCUGUGUCAUCAUGGCCCGGCGACGGAUGAUCACCAGUCCUGGCGAUGAUAUGAUGCGCCGAAAGAAACAGUCCAAAAUUAUCUGCCAUGUGUUUGAGUCUGAGGAGGCCCAACUCAUUGCCCAGUCGAUUGGGCAGGCGUUCCAGGUGGCCUACAUGGAAUUCCUCAAGGCCAAUGGAAUCGAGGAUCCAGGCCUUAUGAAGGAGAUGGACUAUCAAGAAGUCCUGAACCAACAAGAAAUAUUCGGCGAAGAACUGACGCUAUUUGCCAACAAAGAUAUGCAAAAAGAAGUCAUUGUGCCUAAGCUUAAGGGAGAGGCACUGGGUAUUGUGAUAGUGGAAUCCGGCUGGGGAUCCAUGGUUCCCACAGUGGUGCUGGCCAAUAUGUCUCCUACUGGUGCUGCAGCGCGGUGCGGCCAACUCAACAUUGGUGACCAGAUCAUGUCCAUAAAUGGAGUCAGUCUGGUCGGGUUGCCAUUAUCGAGUUGCCAGAAUUAUAUAAAAGCUGCCAGAAACCAGACUGUAGUCAAGCUCACAAUCGUCCAGUGUCCACCUGUGGUAGAAGUUUGUAUAAAACGCCCAGAUGUAAAAUAUCAGUUAGGAUUUAGUGUACAAAAUGGAGUGAUAUGUAGUUUAUUGCGAGGAGGUAUCGCUGAGCGAGGGGGCGUACGGGUGGGUCACCGCAUCAUAGAGAUAAACGGAGCGAGUGUUGUUGCUGUGCCACAUGAAAAGAUAGUCAAUAUGCUUGCCACAUCAGUGGGAGAGAUCCACAUGAAGACCAUGCCAACUUCCAUAUUCAGGCUCUUAACAGGCCAAGAAACACCUCAUUAUAUCUAGAAUACGUCAACAAUCAUUUCAUAAGUCAGGAAUAUCAUGAUGAUGUUCACUUGCUCGAGACAAUCCAUGGUUACUCAUCAAACUUGGGAUGCAACAACUAACAUCGUGGUUCCUCCGUUGAAUUCUUCAAUUGUGCUGGCUUCUUGUAGAUAAUUGAUAUUUCUCAGAUGAAAAGAGAGCCAAGGGAGCACGUGACUAUAAGAAUUUCUACCAUGACAAGUUCCAAAAGGUUUUGAUGUCAAAUCUUCAAUUAGAAGUCAUGGUAUUGGACCAGAUUUGAUCUUCUGUUAGAAUCCUUGUGAUAUUGUGUGGCACGUUAGCUGUGUCAAAAAGAAUUUUUCACUAACGGAACCUGGAUUGGCAGUUCGAUUUUUAUGGCAUGAUGAGUUAUGUGGUAUGCUUCUGUAGUGAUACUCAGAAUCAGAAUCAAAACUUGAGAAGAUUCCCUGUAAUUUGAGGAAGAUGACAUUGCAGUUGUUACUUUUGAAUUUGGCAAUGAAUGGAGACAUUCAAAUUGUGGAAUCAAGCUACACCAUGUGGUGGUGCUGUGUUGGACUGUAGUUGAUAAAUUGCAUUUGAGAGGAACUAUUUACAAGUGACUGCCCGAACUUUAAGCAGCUUGAUAAUGAAACUAUUGUAGGAUGCUCAGAUAAGAAUUUCCAUGAUUCACACCCGUCAUAUUGUAAAUAGAAUACUGUUUAUAUCUUGAAAUAAAACACGAUGGUGCUGCCAUCGGUAGUAUUGUAAAUGCUGUUGAAUCAACAGCUAAACCAGUCAUUGACAUGUUUGAGGACAAACAGACCAUCACAAUAUUACUUGAUGCGAUGGAAUCAAUGUUUAUGCUUUGGGGGAGCGCGCGCGCGGGGCUUGUUGGGCCUGAUUCCACAUAGAGGGUUUGACUUGUGUAGUCUUUUGUGGCAUCGAGUAGUUUUGAAAUGGUCUCAUUAUCGCCAAGCAGUAUCAUAACUAUGGCAUCUGGUCGGGCUAGUAUUGGAUAUACUCGAAAGAUGAAUUGGUUUGGGGGGGGGGGGGUUCGAUAGUGAGUCGAAUUCAAAUUUUCACAGCACGCUCUAAAGAAAAUUUUAAGCAAGUGCUUUCUUCACACCUUGGAAAGGAAUCCGGGUAAUACCAUUCAAUUUCAAAUUUUGAAUGAACGAUACGUGUAGACAAACCUAUUGCAUAAAAAUGUUGGUCCAUAUUUGCCUAAGAUCAGCCUUUCCAGACUUCAGGCGGGAGUGGUAGGAGAAAUUUCAACGCAGGGUAUAUGCCCCAUAGCUUAGCAGAGUCUGCAUUAACUCUGCAUGCUGUACUAUAAACUUGAAUAGGCUGUAAACGGCAGUAAAAUGUCUUGAAAAAAACACUAAUCAUGAAUUAAAUUUACGCUUUAUCGCUCUUUAAAUUCAGGGAAAAGACUUGAGUUCUUUUACGUGUUGAUCAGUUUUCUGUGAAGUUUCGUUAGCCAUAUGAUAUGUCAAUUGUGUGUGUGGUAUUUAAUUUAUUGGUCAUUAAAAUGACUAUUUUGUUAUUAUUAAAGAUUUGUAGUUGGCUUGUUGAACCUAGAUUUUGGGCUGUGCUUAUAAUUCUGCAUACCUUAUUACUGUGCAUUGAGCAAUUUAGUCCGGUAUUUAAUUUAUACGAUUGGAUGUGGCUAAUAAACUGAUUUGUACUGAUUGACUUAGACAUGCAGUGAUAUAGAAGCAUGUCGUUUGUGGCUAGAUGCAAUGCAUGCAUUUAGGUUUGAAUCUGAGGCAAAGAAAGAUUGUAGACCUGGCAUCAGUUUUCCGAAUUUCAAUGUUGAACUAAAGAUUUUAGAAUUUUUUUGGUUAGUUUCAAAUUUAUUUCUGAGAUUAAGGCCGAGGUAGCCCCCUCUUGGAUCCGUGCCUGGUGAUAUCAAUAAGAGUUGCAAAAGACCAGAUCACUCAAGUCAUUUGAUUAUAUGGGAAGCUGUCGAUUUAACCUGGAUCUUUUUCCUUGGAUGUCUCAUGUGUCUGGUCUUAGGAGGUUGUGACCCGCCAUUGAUUCUAGUCAUAAGCUUUGAUUUAACAAAGCUAUGAUGAAGAGUUAAAAACUUUAAAAAAAACUCUCCAUCAUAGCUUUAUUUGGGGAUUGAGACAUAGAACACAGAUAAUUAUCUGUUAUUUUUUAUUUAUAUGUAAAUCGUAUCUAUUUCUUUGCUGAGCAUGCACAGUCAGCAAUUUAUCAUGGCCCAAGUCUAAUCCAAGACGCCGUUACUCUUCUGAUCAUGAUGAUGAUGAUGGUGAUGGUCAGGAGGUUUGAUGGUCAUCGGUAUGAUAUCUGCCAGAUGUCUGAUGCUGGAAGUCAGUCAGAUAUUCUCCAGGCUGAGUAUUUUAAGGGGGAAUAUAGGCAGGAGCUAAGGGCUCAAUUUGUAGUCUUCAGGUGCCAGUGACUGGUAUUCUCAUUUAUGGAAGUUGGUCAGGUUUGACUCAGUGAUAUCGUAAAAUGUCUGAAUAUUACCAGUGUAUUGCAAAAAAGUAGAGACGUCUGUCUGUGACUGUGCGACUUAAUCUGGCCCACCUGAAUCCUGCCUAUAGCAUCUCUUUAAGUUAGAAUGAAUAUCUUGACACUUGGUAUUUAUGUCAGGGUAAAUUUGACAUGGUAGUUACAAGAUAUCCAGUGAACGUUUGGGUUUUCCUACUUGAUAAUGAUACCCUUACGUAACAUUUAGGACAUCAGUUUUCCAGUUGUAUAGGCCGUGAAUAAUUUGUAUUUCUGGUCACUUCAAGCAGACCUGACAAAUGUUGUGUUAACCUACAUAUAGUUGUAUUUGCAAUGUGUAUUAUCAAUGACUGCCAGAUAUGGUCAGCUAUGGAAAUGAUGACACAUUUGAUUGUCUGUCAUACAUAACUUGAAACAUUAUGAUAAUCAGUCAUAUUUUCAAUAAAACUGGGUUGUACCCGGAUGUACAUAAUUUA